UUGCUGCCGCCACCUCAUGCUGCCUUCUCCGCCAAGUCAAAAAAAUCAGAAAAAAAGUGUUUUUGCGAGUUUGAAGUUGGCGCCGCGGAGGAGGUUCGGCUUGGUGCCACCGGUGGCGCUGGCGUCGCCACUACUGACUGAGUGUAAACACUAACAUGGACACCAGCCAGCCUAGUGACACUUGUAGCUCUCAUUCCUCCCCGUCACCUAGUGUUAAUACCAUGCAAAAUGGAAUUGCUAGCCCCUCGGGUGAUUCAGAAGAUGCGGAAGAAAUGGAAAGUGUGGAUAACGGUGGUGUAAAUAGGACAGUGAUGCCAGUGAGUAGUGUGAGUGUUACAUCAGCUGACUCGGAUAUCAAUGCCAACUUAGCUCUUACUGUCCAAAGUGAUGCAGAUGUUGAUAAAGAACUGGAAGAACUUGCUAAACUUAGGUGCCAGAGUGUAGCCACGGAGGUGGUAGCCGCCAGAUAUAAGCGGAGAUGCUCAGACUAUCCAGGCUUUGCCUUCGGUUCUUCCAUAUUUAGUUCUAAUACGAUGAUGAAGUUCAGCAUUAUUAAGAAUGAACUUCACAACAUAAUGAAUGUGCAGUUGAAAAGGGCUGAGGGUGAAGUGGCUGCACUUAACCGUCGCAUCCAGCUGCUAGAGGAGGAUCUGGAACGCUCAGAGGAGCGCCUUAACACAGCCACCACAAAACUGGCAGAGGCUUCCCAGGCCGCCGACGAGUCUGAGCGCAUGCGCAAGGUGCUGGAGAAUCGUUCCCUGUCAGAUGAGGAGCGUAUGGAUGCUCUAGAGAACCAGCUUAAAGAGGCCCGAUUCUUGGCUGAGGAAGCAGACAGGAAAUACGACGAGGUUGCCCGUAAGCUGGCCAUGGUUGAGGCUGAUCUUGAGCGAGCUGAGGAGCGUGCAGAAACUGGUGAAUCUAAGAUUGUUGAACUUGAGGAGGAGCUGCGUGUUGUUGGCAACAACUUGAAGUCUCUUGAGGUGUCUGAGGAGAAGGCUGCACAGAGGGAGGAUAACUUUGAGGAGCAGAUCAAGGAGCUGAGUCAUCGUAUGAGAGAGGCUGAGGCUCGGGCUGAGUUCGCCGAGAGGUCUGUGCAGAAGCUCCAGAAGGAGGUCGACAGGCUUGAAGACGAACUGGUUAACGAAAAGGAGAAGUACAAGUCCAUUACCGACGAGCUGGACCAGACUUUCAGCGAACUGUCUGGCUACUAAACACUCUCUGCUCCAAACUGUUCUGCCAUCUCUCUUCCUAUGCCCUCAGCUGGCCUGUAACCUAUUUUUUCACAAGCUUAUGUAAUUCAGUUUAUAAGAACUCUUUUUACUUUCCUUCUUUUUAUGUGUUGCAUUUGACCUCCAGUUAAGUCAGUAUCAUCACUAAAUCAUUCGAUAACGUUGGUUAAGUCUGCCAUUGAGGUAAUUUAAAUGUUAUUAAACUUAAAUUUAUUAAGAAACCUUGUUUUUGAAGUUAAUUCAAAAAGCUAGGUUUCAUGUACACUAUGGCUUAAUAACAUACAGAAAUAAAUAUUUAUUAUGAAAAUGGAUUUUGUUCUUGUUUUUCGCUCUAAUCCCGAUACGACCACGAGUAAAGAGAUCUGAGAGCGAGUGGCCCUAAGAUGAUCCUAGGACCACUACUGCCACAACUAGCCAGUGGAAUGCCUGUAAAAUCUUUCACCCAUCUAUUACAGAUGAACUUGUUAAUGAGAAAGAAAAAUAUAAGAACAUUGCGGAUGAGAUGGACCAGGCGUUCUCAGAAUUGUCAGGAUUCUAAGUGUGGCAAACUGGUGGGCGCCAACACGGUGCUUGGACGGGCGUAUGUGUCCGUGGGUGUGUGGGCGGGGUGGUGCACUCCUUCCCCACCUGCGGCACGUUCACGCCUCUGCGGACUGACUUGACUGACGGCCGACGCGCCCCACAUCACCACCACCACUACCAACAACGCCUGGCCCGCCACACUAUCGUCCGCCGUGUAUAAGGCCAAGCCCCAGAGGAACCGAGCCUCAAUAAAGCCCACACCAUACCUUGAGGGGAAACUGGGUUAUAUUGAAGCUCCGUACUCCCCAAGUAGAUCACCUUCAAUAAUGCCCACGACCUAUGUGGUAGCAAGCGUAAUCGAGGCUUUGAGAGUCGUUGGGUUCUGACCACGUCUCUUGCUCUGCUACAGUAUGUAAGGGUGCAUAGGUUCACCUUCUUAACUAGAGUUGCAGUCAGUCUUUAUGCGUCAUGCAUUUAUUCUAUAUGGAUUAUCAAUAUGUUAAUAUUAUUCAAUUUUUAAAUCUGGAUCUUAUACUUACAGAAUGAUUGUACACUGUGUUUAAUGUGUAAUAAAUUUUGUAAACA